AUGGACUCGAAUUAUAUUGUCCUGGAAGUUCAGUUCGGUGAGCUGAGUUCGGGAGCUGCAAUGGUCCAAGGGUCCAUAGUUGGGUCUGAUCAAGCUCGAGCUCCCAUAGGGGGUCGCCAAAAUGCAAUGGAAUCAAGAGAACAGACCAAGGCAAAUGCUAAGCGGAAGAUCAGAAAAAUCGCCCUUGCUCUCAAUAUCCCGGGUUAUAUCUGUGAUGCUGCAGUUCAGACCUUCAAUUUGGCCCUCGCCCAGAACUUUGUUCAAGGUCGGAGGCUGCUGAAUGUGAUCGCUGCGUGUCUCUAUUUCUCCUGUCGUAUGGAGCGUACCCAUCAUAUGCUCAUUGAUUUUUCGAGCGCUCUUCAAAUCAGUGUAUAUUCACUUGGUGCAACCUUUCUCAAAUUGGUCAAGCAACUUCGAAAGUCUCUUCCGUUGGCGGAUCCCUCACUUUUCAUUCAACAUUUUGCGGAGAGGCUUAAAUUCGGUAAUAAAACGAUCCAGGUUGUCAGGGAUGCUGUGAAAUUAGCUGAUAGAAUGUCCGGGGACUGGAUCCAAUACGGCCGACGCCCAGCGGGUAUUGCUGGGGCUUGCUUAAUGCUCGCUGCGAGAAUGAACGGUUUUCGACGGACUUAUGCUGAAGUAGUUGCCGUUUCCCAUGUUGCAGAAGAAACUAUACAAAAGAGACUCAAUGAGUUCGGCGAAACAAAUGCUGGGCUGCUUUCGAUCAAACAGUUCCGAGAACUGCAGGACUCUGAUUUUGCCGUUACCGCUGACCCACCUUCUUUCCAGAAGAAUAGACAGAAGGAACGAGACUUGAAGAGAAGAGUUCAAUGGCACGAGAAAACUUUAAGCAGAAUCCAGAAAUACAUUGAUACUCCUUACGAGGACGAAAAGCAGACUCCAUCGAAGGCGGGACCUUCAGAGUUAUUCGUGGCUGAGGCAGAUGCCGAGGCAGACGCUGAGCCAGAAGCUGAGCCAGCGAGAAGACGGAGCUCUCGCUUAAGAAGUAUCAGGGACAAUGAUAGUUCUACCAAAAACGAUGCUAAGCAAAAGGCGAGUCAUGUUGAGUCUGAGAACGUUGCGAAUGAGGAGGUCGCUAAACAACCUGAAGACAGUGGGGAAGUUGAAAACGCCGAGAAUAACGGUAGAGCUGCUCAAGAGCAAAACACUAAUGAGCCCGAUCAAGGUGUAAUCAAUGACGAAGCUGUACGUGCUGAGAAUAAUGAUGACUCGGUUGAAGAAGUAGCACCAGAAAUUACUGAUAUGAUUUCAGAAGUUAUGGAAGAGGAGGGCAAGCAACAUACACUUGCAAAGAAAAGAGCAUUGAAACACCAACGAGAAGAAUUGGAGAAAGAAGAUGUCUUGCGAUCGAUCUUCCAAAGUUGUCAAUUACUGAAGGAAGAUCUUAAAAAGGAACUUGCACGGAUUGUGAAGCGAAAGACGGAUGCCGAUGUCAAUGCUAUUUACACUACUCCUGCUGAGGAAGAGCAUUUAAAGGAGCUUGAGGAAAGAAUUCAAACAAAUUGGCCUCGUAAUUUGUCCAAGUUGGAAACCUCUCUGGCUUUUUUGGAGCGUGUACCUGAUGAUCCAAUUGGUAGUGAUGAUGACGAUGACGAGAUAGAGGGCGUGGUGUUGUCGCAUGAUGAAUUUCUUGUCAAGCAAAACAUCUGGAUGGGUAUCAACGCAGAUUAUGUUCAAGCUCAAGAGGCGAAACGUUUGAAGGCCGAGGCGGAUGAACUCACCGGCAACACACUGGGCCAAAAGCGCAAGCGUAGAAAGAAGAAGGAUAGCGAUGAUGCAGAUGAUGCCGAAAUCAAUAAAUUCUUGAAUUCAGAAGGGGGUCUACAAGGUGCUGCAGAACAGGCUGGAGCAAUGCUUCAGAAGAAGUCUUUUUCGAAGAAGAUCAACUACAAUACCUUAUCUAGUUUGUUUCAAUAG